GGAACGGCCCGUUGGCGUCGGUGCAUCCGGUGAUGGCGCCGCCUUACGCCAUGCCCGGUCAGCCUAUGAGAUAUGGGCCGCCUAUGUCGAAUGGCUACCCUGGUAUGCCUCAGCCUCUUCACCAAGGUGCCAUGCCUCCGGAAAGAGCAUACGAGGCAUAAGGGAUAGGGAGGGGUACAUGUUAGUCAGAUUAGGGGUAUCGAUGACGAGAUGUUUUCUCUACAGUGUCUCAUGAUUAUUUACGGUGGGAAAGGUUGGAAGGCUUCAUUAGAGACUGAGUAUCCCUCACCCUUCAACUCCUUUUGUUGGUAUGCACGCAUUUAUUAUUUGCUUGAUUUCAUUGAUUUCUACUCCAUUUGUUCUAAUGGAAUAUAUCGUACGUAAUAUUGGAAGUCCAAUGCUCUAGAAAGAAUAAAAUAAGGAAAAAAUGACUGAAAAAAUGUGAUUGUUCGAUUCCAAUCUGAAGCGGUUCUGGUUUGCUGUUUACUGAGUAGGCUAUUACUGUAGUGAUUAUCACUUCUCGAAUUAAACCUUCACCUAUGGUGCCUCCAAUUGGAUAGUUUUGGCAUGCCUUCUGUUUGCAAGUCAAUGCUUAAGGUAUGCCCUGUUCAUGCAUUUCCUGUUUCAUGACUCCCAAUGCUAUUUUCUUGAUGUUCCUUCAGGUUAUAUGUUCAGCUGGUGAGUGUUGUCAUGCAUGUGCUGCAAUCUCUUAUUACUUUGAUGUUUUUGGUAACAACAGUUGAUGCAUCUUGUUAAAUCUAUUUAUACUUGAUUCAACAAAUAGUCAGUUGAUAUGUAAUUUGAUUAGCAUGCUGUUGACAGUCUGCCUAGUUUUUGUGGCCUCUUCAUGCAGGAGUACCUCGUUAUCCUUCUCCUUAUGCACCAAUGCUUCAGCCAGCGUUUUCUAUGCGGCCAUUGGUUGGUGUUAUGCCACCAUUGGCACGCCCUCCAGUUAUUGGAAUUCGUGGUCCAAUUAUUCCUCCAGUUGUUAGACCCAUUACUCCAAGCGUGACAUCAGCAGAGGAGCCACAGACAACUGUAUAUGUUGGGAAGAUAUCAUCAACUGUGGAAAAUGAUUUCAUGUUGUCUCUCCUGCAGCUUUGUGGGCCAGUAAAGAAUUGGAAACGUCCACAAGACCCCACUGGAACUUUGAAAGGUUUUGGGUUUUGUGAAUUUGAGUCUGCUGAAGGAGUUCUUCGGGCAUUGCGACUACUUAAUAAGCUAAGAGUUGAUGGACAAGAGUUGAUGUUAAAUGUUAAUCAAACAACACGGAAAUAUCUUGAGCGCUAUGUAGAGAAAAAGAUAGAAGGUUCGAAAGCCAAGGAAUCUGCAACUGAUGGUUCUGACAAAGAGGAAGCAAGGGAAUCGAGCUCUGAUAAUGACAAAGCUGUUAAGUUGACUGAAGAGUCUCUAAAGCCUUCAUCAGAUGAACAACAGACAAAGGAUAAUAGUGAGACGAAUAAGGAAAAUCCUGAGGCUGGCAGUUUUAGCCUUGUAACUGAUGAAGACAGGGAUGCAGACCGUGAUGCUUGCGAGAAGCUCACAGGUAUGUUAGAGGAACGGCUGAAGAACAAACCACUUCCUCCUCCACCCCCACCCCCACAAACACUUAUUGAUGGACCUGGAAACUCAAACUCAGAGCAGCCUUCUGGUUCAAAGGAUAGAGAACCAGAAGGUGGGGUGAAGAACGAUACAGAAGACAAAAAUGAUGAUGACAAGACUGCUGAGAGCAAACCCUCUAGUGAGCCUGAUGGAGCAGGAACAGGUUCUCCUGAUAGGAGUAGAAGGCAUGAUAGGAACAGGGAUCGAGACCGUGACCCAAAACGAGAAAGAGAAAGGGAACUUGAAAGAUACGAGAGAGAGCGAGAGCAUGAGCGAGCUAAGAGGGAGAAGGAGAGAGAAAAUAGGAGUCGGGAAGAUGAACGGAGGUAUAAAGUGCGUGAAAAAGAAUGGGAAUCCAGAGAAAGAGAGAGAGAACAUUGGCGGAAGAGAGAGCGAGAACGAGAGAGAGAAAGGGCUCAUGAAAGGAAGUGGGAAGUUGUGGACCAAGAACGUGACGAUGAUGAUGGGUAUGGAAAGAAGAGGAAAUAUAAGAUCAGUGAUGAAGAGAGGAAAAGAAGACAGAGGGAGAAGGAAGAGGAUCUGGCUGACAGAGUGAGAGAGGAGGAAGAAAUUGAUGAAGCUAAAAUGCGAGCCGAAGAAGUUCAGAAGAAACAGCUUGAGGUACUGAAAACAGAAACUGUUCUGCCAGUUAAUGGAUUAGAGAAAGCUAUCUCGCCAAAUGAUAUCAAUGCUGAAGACCAGGGUAAGGCUGAUCAGACCUUUGAGCUCAAACCAAGUCCUAGAACUUAUGAAGUUACAGGUGAAGGGAUUGUGCAGAAUGGCACCAGCGAUUCGUCUAAUUUUGCUCCGGACAUUCAACAAAAUAGCAAUGUGCCAACUAAAAAGUUGGGCUUUGGGCUUUCAGGAUUCGGAAAGCGAGCUGCUGUACCUUCAGUUUUUAAUGAGGAUGAGGAUGCACAUAAGGAAAAGAAAAUGAGACCUCUAGUUCCAAUUGAUUACUCAACUGAGGAACGGGAAGCUAUUCAAUCUUCCAUGGCCGAAGCCCCAACAGCUAAUAUGGCUGCUGCAGCAGAAUUUGUGAAGCGUAUCUCAACUGUUAAUUCUAAAGAAAUUGAUGGAGAAAAAGAAAAAAGUAGACGCUCUCAUGAGAGAUCCGGCCAACGUGACCGUGAUAGACAUGAGGAAGAGAACAAUAGCAUCCGCAAGGAGAGCAGAAGAGAUCAUUCUGAAAGAGAAAGAUCAAAUAAAACAAAGACCCCAGAAAAACAGAAGCUCUUGGAUGCUAAGCAGUUGAUUGACACUAUCCCAAAGACCAAAGAUGAGUUGUUCUCCUAUGAGAUCAACUGGGCUAUCUAUGAUCAGAAUGUGCUGCAUGAGAGAAUGAGACCAUGGGUAUCAAAGAAGAUAACAGACUUUUUGGGCGAGGAAGAGGUCACACUAGUAGAGUAUAUCGUGUGUAGCACUCAGGAGCAUGUCGAUGCAGGUGAGAUGCUCGAGAGGCUCCAAACUAUAUUAGAUGAUGAAGCUGAAAUGUUUGUGCUCAAGAUGUGGAGAAUGCUUAUUUUUGAGAUCAAGAAGGUAGAGACUGGCUUGGGUCUGAAGCCCAAGGCCUGAGCGAAAUGAAUAAACAUGUUGGGUUUAAUCAACGUAUAUUGAUCACGGCACCACACAUAUCUUGUAAGUUUCAGUAUAUCACCUCUGGUGCAGUUUCUUAAUUGGCGUGCUUAUCUUAUGCUCUUCGAAAUCAAAA